AUUUUCGUUUCUUGUUGCCAGGAAAAAGGCUGAGUAAAAAUAAAAAGCAACAGUUUCAGUUAAGCUUUCCUCAAAACUCGACCAAAACUCCUGCAGCGAAAGAUCAAAACCGAAUUUCACAUUACACUGCUGGCCGUUUCUUCCACGUCUCUCCACGAAAACCCACACACCAUCGAAAUGGCGUCAUGCAAGAAUUGUCCCCCCUACAAGAACUCCGAGUUGGGCAUCUUCUUUCCGGAUUGCUUCGAACGCGUCAGCGGGCAUUGCAACAAGAAGAACCCCGGCAAUGUCCAGAACCUGCACAUCCUGGCCCACCGGGUGAUGCCCAAGUUCUUCGAUGGCAUCGAGCUGGACUACCUCCACCGCCUGGCGCCCAACAAAUACAUCACGGCCGCCUGGGUUCUCAGCCACAUCAGGCCCUCUGGGUUUCGCUUCGGAGGACUGUACACGUUCCGGGUGCAGGAUGAUACUAUGUACACCCCAACCAUUAUGGGCGACAUACAUCCCACUUCGCUGGCUGCCAACCUGAACAUCCUGUACUACCCCUUCCAAUCCCUUCGCAUGGAGGCCAUCCUGCAGAAGGCCAGGGAAACGGCUCCGGUGGAGAGCCAGUACACGAUCGAGUGGACGAGGCCGUGCGACACCUGGACCGCCAACUUCUACAAUGUGCGGAAUGAGAACGGCCGUUGCACCCUGUCCGUGAUGAGAUCGAUAUCCGCCCACUGGGCCCUCGGCGGGGAGCUUCUGCUGGAGUGGAACGAUCCUCAGAAACUGACUCCGGACCUGGCACUGGCAGCACGCUACUCCCAUUAUAACUACUCCUUGGCCGCCACCGCAUCCAGGCAGGGACUGGACGUCAGCUACUGGCAGCGCAUUCAUCCCCAGAUCCAGAUGGCCAAUCUCCUGGCGUGGAAUCGUAGUACGCGAAAGACCAUUGCCACAAUAUGCUACCAAUGGAACUUCUGGAACUCGGCCGUGCACGGCAUGUUCGAUUCGGAUGCCUCCGUGGGCUUUAUGUGGACAAAAUACCUGAGGCAUUUGCCACUGCAAAUGGGUUUCAGUGUGGUGAUGAAUCUGCCCACGGACCGAUUUGCCUUCGGCAUGCGUUUUGUUUUGGAUCCCAGUGGACUGAGACGUGGCGUGUAGUUUUCUGUAUUAGUUUUACUAUGUGUACGACCAAAUUAUCAAUUGCAAGUAUUAGUCCAGAGUUCAGAGAAUUACAAAAUUGGCGUUCGAAAGGCUUUCAUUUCAUCAUAGCUACAAAGUUUCCUGCUACUGAUUUUAAUUUUUUCCCCAGUCUCCUAAAUACAUUUGCGGUGCAACUUAGCUCAGAAA